AUGAAGAAAACCCGGGGUUUUGUGCUCGUCUUCCUAGCAUUUGGCUGCUUCUCAGAUGUUGCCUCUGGGGUUGAGCUCGAUUGCAGCGAGUACCCCAAAGACACCACCCCCGAGGGCAAAGAGGUGAUGUUCUGCACGAAGAUCUACAGCCCGGUGUGCGGCACGGACAACAAAACCUACUCCAACGACUGCAUGCUGUGCGCCCACAACCUAGAGCAUGGGACUUACGUUAAAAUAAAACACAAAGGAGCAUGCAGAAAGCUCGAUUGCAGCACGUACCCCAAAGGCACCACCCCCGAGGGCAAAGAGGUGAUAGCCUGCCUGAAGAUCUACAGCCCGGUGUGCGGCACGGACAACAAAACCUACUCCAACGACUGCAUGCUGUGCGCCCACAACCUAGAGCACGGCACUAACAUUGGCAUCCGACACAAAGGAGAAUGCGGAAAGCUUGUCUGCAGUAAAUACACAAAAGUAUCCAUGCGCGGUGUCCAAAGCUUGGCCUGCACACCGAACUACAAACCGGUCUGUGGCUCCAACAACGUCACGUAUGCCAGCGAAUGCAUGCUGUGCGCCUACAACGUGGAACAUGGAGCCAACAUCACCCUGCAGCACCAGGGGCCGUGCAAGAAGAAACCAGAACUGGUUGACUGCCGUGACUCUGCGGGACCGGUCUGCACCAUGGAGUACAUGCCCAUCUGCGGCUCUGAUGGCAAGACAUACGGCAACAAGUGCACCUUUUGUAACGCAGUCGCGCAAAGCAAGAAGACUCUCACCUUCGUCCGCUAUGGAGUAUGUUGA